AUGUCUUCGAUUCUCCGGCAAAUCGUCGCUGGCCCGCGCGCUCGCCACCCAGAGGCAGGGCUGGAUCUCUGCUAUGUGACCGACUUCAUCAUUGCCACCUCCGGCCCGUCCCAGACGUACCCGCAACGUGCCUAUCGCAACCCGCUCGACCAGCUCGUCGCCUUUCUCGAUUCCAAGCACGGCGUCGACUGGGCCAUAUGGGAGUUCCGCGCCGAGGGCACCGGAUACCCCGAUGAAGCCGUGUACGACCGCAUCCGUCACUACCCGUGGCCGGACCACCACCCCCCACCCUUCCGACUGGUGCCCAUGAUCAUGGCCAGCAUGAGGAACUGGUUGCACGGUGGAGACCUCGAGUCGGGGAAGAUGGCCGACAAGGAAUCGGACCCGUCGCCGGCGGGCGGGAGCGGGAGCGGGAGCAAGAACGGGAACCGCGUGGUCGUCGUCCACUGCAAGGCGGGCAAGGGUCGCAGCGGCACGGCCGCCUGCAGCUACCUCAUCUCCGAGGAGGGCUGGACGGCCGACGACGCCCUGGCCCGCUUCACCCAGCGGCGCAUGCGGCCCAAGUUCGGCGCCGGCGUGUCGAUUCCCUCGCAGCUUCGCUGGGUGAGCUACGUCGACCGGUGGACCCGGAACGGCAAGAAGUACGUCGACCGGCCCAUCGAGAUUCUCGAGAUCCACCUCUGGGGCCUGCGCAUCGGUGUCAGGGUCGACGUCGAAGCCUUCGAGCACGAGGGACGCAAGAUCAAGAUCCUGCACACCUUCUCCAAGGAGGAGCGCGUCGUCGUCCAGGGAGGCGCGCCCCCCGGCGGCGGCUUGAGUGACCUCAUGUGGGAGCUUGCCGGCUACCCCGCCACCGGAGACAAGGUUCCCGACGCCGUCGAGCUCGCCGACGCAGCCGACGGCCCAGGCACGGCAACGCCGCCGGCCACGCCGGACCGGGCCCCAACCCCCGGCGAGAGCACCAAGGACAAGUUUGUGCGCAAGGGCGCCGACCUGCUCCAGAAGGCGGCCGCCAAGGGGGAGAAGCGGCGAGCCAAGGCGGCAGCCGUCGACGCGAACCAGCUCCCGUCGUCCGGCGGCACGUCCGCCGACGACGACAGCGACGAGCACGAGGCGGGCGGCAUGGCCGUCAUCCUGCGCCCGAGCGAGCCCAUCCUCGUGCCCAACAGCGACGUCAACAUCUCGGUGGAGAGGCGCAACAGGACGCACAAGAGCAUGGGUCUCACCAUGGUUUCGGCCGUUGCCCACGUCUGGUUCAACGCCUUUUUCGAAGGCGACGGUCCUGAGCAGAACGGCGCGGCCAGCGACAGCGGCGUCUUCACCAUCGAGUGGGACGCCAUGGAUGGCAUCAAGGGGUCGAGCCGCAAGGGGUCCCGCGCCCUGGACCGCCUCGCCGUCGUCUGGCGCGUUGCCUCACCCGGCGAGGACAUUCCCGAACCGCCCGAGGGCGCACCCGUACCGCAGCUCCCGCCCGCCGACUGGAAGGGCGACAGCGCCGGCGACGAGACGGGCGAGAAGGACCUCGGCCUGCGCGCGCAGUCGCCGGCAAGCACCAACAUAAGCAGGGCCAGCAGCUUGCGCAGCGCCGACGGCGUCUCGGGCGCCGCCAAGUUGGAGAGACGAGUCGACGGCGACGGCGGCGACGGCGACGGCGGCGACGGCACCUUGAUGGAGGGCCUGCGAUGCAGCGGCCCCGCCGGGGAAGACAUCUUGGAACAGGCGCAGGCCGAGGCCAAGGAUGGGAAGCCCGUGGACACAAAGGAGUGA